CAGCAGCAGCAUCCCCAGCAGCGCAGGUGGGGGCCCCUCGGCAGCAAGUUUCCUCGGGGCAGGGGGACGAAGUUGGGGGGGCUGAGCCCUGCCGUGCCCCCUCGGUCGUUUGGUCGUUCCUUCGUUCCCCCCCCCCCCCCUUGCCCCGCCAUCCCCGCUUUGUUCCCGGGAGGAUGCGGCGCGCCUAACCCCGGCCGAGGCGGUGGGGCCGCAGCGGGGGCAGGGGCAGCCCUCCGCCGGAAAACUCCGCACCGCCCCCCUUCCUCCUCCUCCUUCUUCCUCCUCCUCCUCCUCCUCCUCCUCCUCCUCCGCAGAAGCCCCGGCGCGGAGCGAUGCUUCCCCGGGCGGCGGGCGGCGAUGGAGCGGGGCGGUAGCCCGGUGCCGCGGAGCGAAGCAGCCCCUCGGGCAGCCGCCCGCUGCCCCUGAGCGGCGGCGAGGAGGAGGAGGAGGAGGAGGAAGAAGAAGAAGAAGAAGAAGAAGAAGAAGAAGAAGAAGGGCGGGUGUGCGAGCGGGGCGGCGGCCCCGUCGGCCCGCGGCCAUGGAGGAGUGGCGGCAGUGCGGCCGCUGGCUCAUCGACUGUAAAGUUUUGCCCCCCAACCACCGGGUGGUCUGGCCCUCGGCGGUGGUCUUCGACCUGGCGCAGGCGUUACGGGACGGGGUGCUGCUCUGCCAGCUGCUCCACAACCUCUCCCCCGGCUCCAUCGACCUCAAGGACAUCAACUUCAGGCCUCAGAUGUCCCAGUUUCUCUGUUUGAAGAACAUCCGAACCUUCCUAAAAGUGUGUCACGACAAAUUUGGGUUAAGAAACAGCGAUCUGUUUGAUCCCUUUGACCUCUUCGAUGUACGGGACUUUGGAAAGGUGAUCUCUGCAGUAUCCAGACUCUCCUUCCACAGUAUUGCUCAAACCAAAGGAAUUAGGCCCUUCCCGUCGGAGGAGACCACGGAAAAUGAUGACGAUGUGUAUCGGAGCUUGGAGGAGCUGGCGGACGAACAUGAUCUGGGGGAGGAUAUUUAUGACUGCGUCCCCUGUGAAGAUGAAGGCGAUGAUAUCUAUGAAGAUAUCAUCAGAGUGGAAGUUCAGCAGCCCAUGAUUAGAUACAUGCAGAAAAUGGGAAUGACAGAAGAUGACAAAAGAAAUUGCUGUUUGCUAGAAAUCCAAGAAACUGAGGCUAAAUACUACAAAACACUUGAAGAUAUAGAAAAGAACUAUAUGAACCCACUGAGGCUGGUACUGACUCCCCAAGACAUGGAAGCUAUUUUUAUCAAUUUGGAGGACCUAAUUAAAGUGCACUUCAGUUUCCUGAGAGCCAUCGACGUCUCUAUGAUGUCUGGAGGAAGCAGCCUGGCAAAAGUGUUUCUGGAAUUCAAAGAGAGGCUGCUGAUUUACGGCAAGUACUGCAGCCACAUGGAGUACGCCCAAAACACGCUCAACCACCUCCUCGCCAACAGGGAGGACGUCAGGCAGAAGGUGGAGGAAUGCACACUAAAGGUUCAGGAUGGGAAAUUUAAAUUGCAAGAUCUGCUGGUGGUUCCAAUGCAAAGAGUUUUGAAAUACCAUCUCCUUUUAAAAGAGCUGCUCAGCCAUUCAUCAGACCGACCAGAGAAGCAACAGCUGAAGGAGGCUUUGGAGGCGAUGCAGGACUUGGCCAUGUACAUAAAUGAAGUAAAGAGGGACAAAGAGACUUUAAAGAAAAUAAGUGAAUUUCAGAGCUCUAUAGAAAAUCUGCAAGUGAAGCUGGAGGAGUUCGGGAGGCCGAAGAUCGAUGGCGAGCUGAAGGUCCGCUCCAUAGUCAACCACACCAAGCAGGACAGGUAUUUAUUUUUAUUUGAUAAAGUGGUGAUCGUCUGCAAAAGGAAAGGAUACAAUUAUGAGCUGAAAGAAAUUAUUGAGCUGCUCUUCCACAAGAUGACUGAUGAUCCUAUGAAUAACAAGGACAUUAAGAAGUCUCAUGGAAAAAUGUGGUCAUACGGCUUCUACCUAAUUCACCUUCAGGGGAAGCAGGGCUUCCAGUUCUUCUGCAAGACGGAGGAAAUGAAGAGGAAGUGGAUGGAGCAGUUUGAAAUGGCAAUGUCCAACAUAAAGCCAGAGAAAGCCAAUGCAAAUCACCAUAACUUUCAGAUGUACACAUUUGAAAAGACUACCAACUGCAAAGCCUGCAGGAUGUUCCUAAGAGGAACCUUCUACCAGGGCUAUCUUUGCCCCAAAUGUGGAGCGGGUGCUCAUAAGGAGUGCUUGGAGAUCAUUCCUCCCUGCAAGAUCGGUUCUUCAGCAGACCAGGAUUCACUGAGUGCUGGACCUGGUCCUAAAAUGGUGGUGGUUCAGAAUUACCAUGGAAACCCAGCCCCCCCCGGGAAGCCAGUGCUGACAUUUCAAAUUGGGGACGUGGUUGAGCUGCUGAGGGGGGACCCCGACUCGCCAUGGUGGGAGGGCCGGCUGCUGCAGACGAAGAAGUCGGGUUAUUUUCCCAGCUCGUCAGUAAAACCCUGCCCCGUUGAUGCGAGGCCUCCCAACAGUCGGCCGCCCUCGCGGGAGAUAGACUACACAGCGUACCCGUGGUUCGCAGGGAACAUGGAGCGGCAGCAGACAGACAACCUGCUCAAGUCUCACGUCAGCGGCACCUACCUGAUCCGGGAGCGGCCGGCCGAGGCCGAGCGCUUUGCCAUCAGUAUUAAGUUCAACGAGGAGGUGAAGCACAUCAAGGUGGUGGAGAAGGACAACUGGAUUCACAUCACGGAAGCCAAGAAGUUUGAAAGCUUGCUGGAGCUGGUCGAGUACUACCAGAGCCACUCGCUGAAAGAGAGCUUCAAGCAGCUGGACACAACGCUGAAAUACCCCUAUAAAUCUCGGGAGCGCUCUACCUCCAGGACAUUCACCCGCUCUCCAGCCUCCUGCGCUUCCUACAACUUUUCUUUUCUCAGUCCUCAGGGCCUCAACUUUUCUUCUCAGAGCUCCUCCAGUCCCUUCUGGUCAGUGUUCACCCCACGGGUCAUAGGGACGGCGGUGGCACGAUACAACUUUGCGGCGCGGGACAUGCGGGAGCUUUCGCUGCGAGAGGGUGACGUGGUGAAGAUCUACAGCAGGAUUGGCGGGGACCAGGGAUGGUGGAAGGGGGAAACCAACGGAAGAGUUGGCUGGUUUCCCUCGACGUACGUGGAAGAAGAGGGGGUGCAAUGACUGCGGGGAUGUCUGAUGGAAAGUCAUCGAGCGCCCAGAGCGAGCCGCUGCAGACCGUGCACACUUGUCCCGACGCCCGCAGCUCCCCGUGAGACGUGGCCGGACACCUCCCAGGACUGCUCUCGCAGACUCUUUAGCGAUCCGUUCCUCUGUACAGUGUGUGUGUGCGCGCGCGUCGGGGCCGCCGCCGGCCUCGCUCCUGUUACGUGUAUAGAAGAUUGAUGGUCUGUCGGAUAAUGUUCGUGUAGCAGCUGAAGAGUCCCGGGAAAGCUGCGCUUCCCUGCAUGGACAGAGCUUGAGAGACUCUGUGCGGUGCCCACCAGAGGAUGGGGUCCUCCAAACCUCUUUUACUAAAGGUCUUUUAAAAGCCACUGUGGUGAUGGUGGUGGGAGGGUGAGGCUGAAGGUUUGUGCCCGGGUGGGUGCCCGGGGAAUUUAGGGGGUUUCUAAGGGGAGGGAGCGACUCAGCCCCAAGGAGGUGAUGCGGUCCCCCUGCCACGCUGCUCGGGUGGGCUCCCCGGGUCAGGAUUUUGGCAGUCUCCCUGGUAGCCACGCGGCAGCGCCUGGCAGCACCGUGCUGCGGCUGGGACGAGGGGGCAGAGUGGGGAUACCCGACCCGGGAGGAGGAAAGGGCCGUUGCUCGUCUCUGAAGGAUGCCAGCUGCGAAACCAGGAGCGCGUUUCGACCAUCAGACGUAGGCUGGAAGUGGACCUCCAGGUCAGACAGGAGGGGAAAGAGCCGCUUUGGCACCCCAAGCCCGUUUGCUUUACAACCGCCUUCGGUCCCACCAGCCUUGCUGCGGGCGGAGGGGGCAGCCCAGGGUGCAGGCUGGUCCCGCUGGUGAGCAGGAGGUCUCGGCGCGUUGCAGGACUGGAGAUGCACUUUGCCACACAAGGGUUUUGGAGGCCACCAAGGCACCGGGUACGUGCAGAGGAGCGGACAGGAGCGUGCGUCCGUGGGUCUGUCCUGCCCUUGCUCCCAGCUUGGUCCUGCUGCGGGCAGGACCCCCUCCCUCUCCGAGCCAGGCUGAUUUUUCUUGCAGCCAUGACACAUCCCACCUCGCUGAGUUCAGGGGGGCAAACCCACCUGAGUAAGGGCUACUGUAUCAACUCCUGAUUUCUCUCGCUAAGUUGUGAAAGCAUCUCUUCUUCCCCAGCUGUGUGCACUUUUGGGGACCGUGAGCGUUGCCCCCUCUUCCUCCCACAGGCUGUUACUGCUGCUGCUGUCAAGUAAAGGUCCGUCUGUCUUGGCAUUGCCGGUGUGUCCUGAGCACCGUCCGUCCGAGUCUGUUCUUUCCAAAGUGCAGCCCUCGUGGUCGGUAGGCAGAGGUGCCAGGUGGAAAUCCCAGCCAUCGUCUUCUGCUGGGCACCGGCUUUGCUCUCCAGCUCCAGAAUUUUCCUUCCAAAGUGCAAAUAUGUACAAACACGCAUGUGGGUGUGUGACAGGGAACAACUUUCCUCUAUCCAAUAUCUGAGCUGGAGGAGAUGCCCUCCAGGUUCUCUGGAUAAAGUGGCAUUUUGAGCUGGUGCUUCCGUGCCCUGACGUUGUUCCCCUGGGACUUGCGGUGGUCCUGCCGUGGGACACUGUGUUCCCGGUGCGGGCUCUUGGCACGGCGCUGGCGCGGGUCUGGGAGACGCCGGCGCUGGGUGGGUGAGCGGUGCCGAUGCUCUCGGUCCCUGGCACGGAGGUACCACGGCUGCAUCCGAAGCCUUGCUGCAAACGGAGCAGCAGUGCCCUGCUUGGGAUAAUAAAUGGAAGAGUUUGGGGCUCUUAAGGAAAAGGGGAAGAUGUUAACUUGAAAAUUAAAUGUCGUCGCUCGGUGACAAGCGCAGAGCCGCCCUGCUUUGCUGCCCGUUCCUCCCGGAGCCUCGCGAGUGCCCCUGCUCUCGGUGCCACGGGGGGAGUGGGGUGGGUGCAGCCGGGGUCUGGCCGGGGCAGAUGCACACGGGGGGGUCUCGCUCUGCGAGGUGACGGGGACACGGAGGGGGCUCGGGGCUUUCCCAAGGUACUGUUUGGUGCUAACCUCUCCCGGCCAGCCCCUCGGUGUCGGGGUACGCUCGAGGGGGAGCAGCCAGCAGGGAGCUGGCAAUGCCCUGCUCCUCCCGGGCAAAGCAAAGGGCUUCGCUCCGUUUCCUGGAGCUGUGGGCGUAUUUAGGGUGGAUGAGAUGCACGCACACACGCACCCGAGACGAACUGACGACGGCUCGUGUUAUGCCUCAGAUCCUAAAGCCUUACGCGACCCUCCUGUUUAACGUGGCCAAUUUUGUAAGGCGGCGAGGGCAUCCCUCUGGAAGAGCACGUACUCUUGUCACGGGGACCACGGCACCGUCUCUCCCUUACGCCCCAAAGGGAUCCCCGACCUCCGCCGCUGCCUGCGCUCCCCUCCCGGCCCUGCCAAAUCCCCCUUCCCUCCAGAGAGCUCUCCCUCUCGUGUUUACUGUUGUAAGAAACUUGUUAAAAAUAUUGUUUUGUUUGUAAGUAAUUAUUCAGCCAUUUGCCACAAUAUAUAUCUGUGAAUAAGAAAGGGAAAAGUUUUUUUAUGAUGGUGAGAAAAUUGUAUAUAUAUUUUAGUUCAUCGCAGAUCAUUCAAAAUUGCAAUGGGAUACGUUGGAAAAUAAUAUGUAAAUUCCUUGGGUUUUUCCUUUGCACUGCACUAACUGGGGUAGGGUGGAGGGGGUUUAAAGAUAAAACUGUUUAUGGAAUAGUUUAUAGCUGGGAAUUUGGAAAUCAUUUGGAAUAGCUUGUAAUGCUGGAAUAGAAACUUUAGCUGCUACUUAGAAACCCUUUUGCAUGUGGUUUUUCCAGACCCUUUUAAGUUACAAUACAUCAAAGUAAAUUCCACAACAAAAAAAAUAAAGUGUAAUUUUGCUGA